AUGGCCACUACCGAGGACUCAAUUCGCGCCGCCUUCCCCGAUCUUGAAUGGCACAAACUCACGCCUCCAACCGACCACCCAGCCUUCACCUACUACAGUUUCCAACCAAGCAAGACCAUCCUUCCCAAAGGCCAUGUGCGAUCGCCGGGGCACCGAUCCUUUCCCACAGCCGUGGUCUACGACCGAGACGUAGCAAUCACCCUCCGUGACGGCAUCAGAAUCUACGCGGACAUCUUCCGGCCGGUCGACUCGGACGUUGUCCCGGUCCCCGCGAUCCUGCCCUGGAGCCCCUACGGCAAGACCGGCACGGGGCCACAGAGCUACGACAGCAUGGCGCCGUUCCGCGCCGGCCUCGAGAAGGCACGUACCUCGGGUUACGAGAAGUUCGAGGGCCCCGAUCCGGCGGAAUGGUGCCCGCGGGGCUACGCGGUCGUCAAUGUGGACGCGCGCGGGUGCGGCGACUCGGAGGGCAACAUCGCGUUCUGGGGGCAGCAGGAGGCCGAGGACAUCUGGGAUGCGAUCGACUGGCUGGCGCGGCAGCCGUGGUGCUCCGGCGCGGUCGGCAUGGCCGGCAACUCCUGGCUGUCGAUCGCGCAGGUCAACUUCGCCGCGCGGCUGUCGCACCCGGCCCUCAAGGCGCUCGCGCCGUGGGAGGGCCUCACCGACCCCUACGGGGACUUGGUCCUCCGUGGAGGAAGACCGCACAACGAGCGGUUCCCCGCCAUGAUCCUCGCGGGCUUCGCCGGCCGCGGUGCCGCCGAGAACAUGCCCGCCAUGAUCCGCAAGCGGCCCUUCUACGAUGAUUACUGGGAGAGCAAGCGGAUCCGUCCGGAGCGUAUCGGGGACGUGCCGCUGUAUGUCCUGGCCUCGUAUUCGUCCAUGCUGCAUACCCGGGGCUCCUUCGAGACGUUCCGCGCUGCCCAGAGCACCCGUAAAUGGCUGCGAGUGCACCCUUAUCAGGAGUGGUAUGAUCUUUAUCGUCCGGAGAUGGUCGAGGACCUGGCGCGGUACUUUGAUCGGUAUCUCAAAGGCAUUGAGAAUGGCUGGGAGGAAAGUACCCCGCCAGUCAGACUCUCGUUGCUCGGGUUUGAAGGUAGUGUCGUGCAGACGAUUCGCGAACGGCCUGAACGGGAGUACCCCUUAGCGCGGCAGGAACUGAAGAGGUUGUAUCUUAGGCCGGAGACCAUGACGUUGCAGCCUGAGCAGCCGGUUGCUGGAUCAUCCGUCGCACAUGCCGGACACGACCUAAAAGCCAGCUCGGAUUUCGUACUGUACUUCGACCAGUACACCGAACUAGCCGGAUACCCCCAGGUCCGCCUCUGGAUGUCCUGCCCGGACCACGAUGACCUGGACGUCGCCGUGCAGAUCCGCAAGAUCAACCGCGACGGCAAGCUCCUCGAGCACCUCAACUAUCCGUGCCCGGUGCCGGCGGCCGAAGUCCCCAACGUGAACACCGUCAAAACCCUGGGCCCGUCGGGCUUCCUGCGCGCAUCGCACGCGGUCACUCGCGAUGAAGCCCGGUCGACCGCGGACGAGAUCGUGUACCGGCAUGAUCGACGGGAGCCGAUUGCCCCCGGGAUCAUUGUGCCGUUGGACAUCGGUCUUUGGCCGAUGGGCAUGGUCUUUGGGCCCGGGGAGGGUAUCAUGCUCCGUGUAUCGGGCCACGAUAUGUGUCUCCCAGAGGUGGACUUCAUGCGGCCGACGGAGCCGGACGACGAGAAUCAAGGGACGCACGUGGUCUACGGGGGAGGGAGGUAUGCUUCGUAUCUGGUGUUGCCUUUUGUGUGA